AUGAGUUCCGCGUCCGACUACAAGCAUUCCGAACCGUCAGAAGAUUCUAGCCAUGAAAGCUCGCAACCGCCUACAGUGUCUCACACACCGCAGAAGCGACGCCGCCUAGAGUCGAUCGAUCCUGCCCGUGUACGCAAAUACUAUCUCGAGGGAAAGUACAACGACGCCUACCGCGUGCUGUUCAACGAGGACGUGAACCGAGCGGCGGCGCGCUUCGAGACGCACUCCGAGAACUUCCAAUACUACAACAGGCAGAUUGGUGCAUCAAACUGGUCGCCAAGGGAACAGGCCAUCUUCUUUGGGGCUCUUGAGCGACUAGGAAAGGACGAUAUUGCCGGUAUAGCAGGUGCUAUCGGCACCAAGAGCAUACCAGAGACGCAGGAGCUACUUUUACUGCUCUACGAUGCUGCCACAAAGCAGGGCGAUGCCAAGUUGACGCUUCGCCAUGUCCCCGCGGCCAUCGAAGUGAGCGACGAGUGCAACGAGCAGCUGCACGUUGCGGCCGAGGCUUUGGCCUGGUUCCAGGAGGUCUUCGAGGCAAAUCAGGAGCGAGACAAGUUCGGCGACCACUGGCUAAUCACGCCUGCGGUAGCCGACAAGAUCGAGAGCGCACUCGACGUCCGCAAUCUGCGAGCCACAACAUCACCGCUUGCGAGCGAGUCAGAGCCAGAACCUUCACGAAGGGGUGGCAGAGUAAUCAUAGGAGCAUGUACUUCAUGCAAAAAGUUCAAGCAAAAGUGCGAUCGAGCAACACCAUGCGCCAACUGCGUGCGACGAAAUACGGGCGAAUGUAUCUACCCAGAGCAAUCCAUCAAACCCGAGACGGGCGAUCAAUUUGACAAGAGAUCGAAAAAGCCCAAGCCCAAGGCUGGUAUCCUCCAAGACAUUCCCGAAGCCGGUCUACUACAGCCACAGGUUAUGCUCACCCUCUCCAAGACACUGUUCAUGAACCGCUCGCCUACAAUACCCUCGCCCUGGCCACACUGGUCUGAAUACACCUCUGAGUUUGCUCAAGAACCAAGCAUCUAUCGUAGCGCCUUCAACGAUCUCCACACCCUGGUGGUCUCCGUCACCAAGCGGCUCGUACAGACGGCUAUUAUACAAGCAACUUCACGUCUUCGAGCACAAAGACAGCGAGUAAAAGGCGGUGUCCCCCUAAUAAAGCGAAGAGACGCCUUGACUGCUAUCGAUGUUGUAGGCAUGCCACGGAACAGUCAGGAGAGAUGGCGAGGAGUAGCCAGACGAUGUGCGUUGAGAGUGUACGAAGGCAAAUGGUCGCGUUACCGACGUAAUAAAACCAGACGAGAGGUGCCGUGGGACGAAUUCGAGCGAAUUAUGGCCCCAGUUGAGCCAUCAGCAGAGCUCUCGACCACAGACGCAGAGAUGUCCGGUAAUGACAAUGCCGGUUUCAGUGCAAGAGCAAAGCGGAGCGGAACACCACUUCCUAUGGAUCAGCUUGGGCUAUCGGAUUCCGACGAUGAAUUACUCCUCGAAGAUAGCGCACCUCCUUCCCGAAGCACAUCCCAGCCCAGAAAUACUGUAGAUCAGCUUGCAAAUUCACCACCGGCCACGGAUUCUGAGAAGCAUGGACCCCAAAAGUUGACAUUGGCCGACUUUGAUCGAGAGACAAGUCGAAAAGAGGAACAAAAUCUCUGGAAAAUGCUUGGUCUUGAGCCAGUCAUCAAAGCUGAAGAAACGAACAUCGAUCGAGACAGCGACGAGGAAGAUCUAGAUGAAGACGAAAAGAUUAGAACAGUGCCCGAUGGUUGGCGCUCUUGGACAAGUUGUCGUGCCGAAUGGGAGGAACUCAGCACACCUCCACCUGAAUUUGCCUUUCUGGCAAACCAGAAACCUCUUGACGUCCCGCCUAUUCUUCAAGGAGACACUUCAGACACCACCGAGUCUACCUCCGACAGUGACACUAAUGCGCCGACGCGAAGGUCCAAGCCUCAGAGUAAGCCGUCAAUCCGACGAACGAUCGAAUUGCAUACCCGUGGCACUCACGCUUAUGCUGCUCUGCAAGGACGAAGCUCAGAGCCUGUCAGGUCUACAAGCCGAACCAGCUCUCAGGACAAUGACAUCAGCGACGAAAAUGCAGACGUCCGUAGACUACCUCGACCGCCCAUCGAACUUAUUAGGAAGGAAUCACCAAUUUCGGAACUAAACGAUGAUCCGAGCGACAGCAGCGAACAGCUGACGCAGUCGAUUGGAAUCAAGAGUACGCCAGUUCCCAUCGCAUCAUCAAGCGAUGAAGGAAGUGAUAUCGAGAUGGAGCAGCCCAUACAGUCGAUUGAAACCCGCAAUGAUCCGUUGCAUGCAGUGUUGUCUUACGACGAGCCGAAAGAAAUGGAUUGGGGGUCGUUCAUCGACUAG